AUGAAAGCAACUUCAGUGUUUUGCAUAAAGGUCGUUACCGGUUUGAUGGAUGAGGAUCACACGAUCUUAGCCGAGAAAUACCGAGAUGUGAGGCCCGAGGCUAGGCUAGCCGUUUUAGCUAUUUUAAAUGAGUUGUCAAUAAUCUCGCCUGAAUGUCUAGAAUCAAAAAGCUAUGAUGACCUUGUAGAACUGCUAAGGAAUCAUAUUGCCCCAGAACCCGGUGAAGUUGCUCAACAACACAAAUUCUGUCUACGGCAACAGCAUGAGUGUGAAAGCAUUGCUAACUACGUAGCUGGAUUAAAAGAAAUAGGCGGAAAAUGUAACUUUCUAUGUAAUAAUUGUAAAAAUAGUACUUUUGAAACUCAUCUGCGAGUACAGUUCAUACGAGGGCUGCGAGAAAUACUUUACCCACGGGGAACCUGUAAUGUAAACAUCAAAUAUAAAAAUACAGAAGUCAUAGGAAGAAUUUUUGUUAUUGAUAGAAAAGUGGAUCCUGUAUUGGGAAGAGAAUGGAUUAGGAAAUUAAACUUACAAUUUGACAUAAAUUCACUACAAAAAGAAGAAAAUGAUAUUACAGAAAAAGAGUUUAACGAGAAAUUGAAAAAAAUUAUACAAGAAUACAAAGAACUAUUUUCUGAAGAAAUAGGAGAAAUUAAAGAUUAUCAAGCAGUAUUUAAAUUGAAAGAAGGUGCAGUUCCAGUGCUUUUAAAACCACGUCCAGUACCAUUCGCUUUGAAGGAUCAAGUGGAAGCAGAAAUUGACAGAUUAGAAAAGGAAGGAAUAUUAGAAAAAGUUACAUACUCACAGUGGGGAACACCAAUUGUUCCUGUCUUGAAGCAAAAUGGAAAAAUGCGCUUAUGUGCUGACUAUCGCGCUACAUUAAAUAAAAAUCUGGAAAAUGACAAUUACCCUAUACCUCGUGUUGAAGAAAUAUUUUCAAAGUUAAGUGGAGGAAAAUAUUUUUGCACACUGGAUAUUAAUCAAGCUUAUUUGCAUAUGAAGACUAAUGAAGAUACAGCAGAAAUACAAGCUAUUAGUACAUGCAAGGGUACAUACAAGGUGAAAAGACUAAUGUUCGGAGUGAAAAUUGCACCAAAUGUUUGGCAGAGAUAUAUGGAUCAAACACUUCAAGGAAUGGAAGGUACAGUUUGUUUUUUUGACGACAUUGCUUUACAAGGACGUACAUUUAUACAAUUACUACAAAGAAUUAGGAAAGUAUUUGACAAAUUAAAAGAAUGUGGACUACACUUAAACAGAAAGAAAUGUCAGUUUUUUCAGAAAUCAGUUACUUACCUAGGAUAUACAAUAAAUGAAAAAGGUCUACACCCUACAGAAGAUAAAGUAAAUGAUAUAAAGAAUAGUUCACGUCCAACAGAUGUUUCUUCACUACGCACAUUUUUGGGAAUGAUAAAUUACUACCAACAAUUUAUACCUAACUUAGCAUCAAAACUAAAUCCUUUAUACAAAUUAUUACAAAAAGAUACAAAAUUUACUUGGUCAACAUCAUGUGAACAAGCAUUUCAAGAACUGAAAAAGGAAAUCUGUGGAGAAAAAGUACUUAUACCAUUUCAUGAAAACUUACCUGUCACAUUAGCCACGGAUGCAUCACCAACAGGAUACGGAGCUGUGUUGUCACAUAUUAUGCCGGAUAAAUCAGAACGUCCAAUAGCUUUCGCUUCAAGAUCUCUUACAAAGGCAGAGAAAGGUUACAGCCAGUUAGAUAAAGAAGCUGCAGCAUUAGUUUGGGGACUGAAGAAAUUCUUUCAGUAUUGUUACGGUAGAAAAAUAAUUCUCAUAGUAGACAACCAACCAUUAGCUAGAAUUUUACACCCAGAGAAGACUACACCUGCUACAACAGCCAUACGACUUGUACAUUAUGCUAACUUUUUAGCUGGAUUUGAUUAUCAGAUAAAACUAAGGAAGACUGCAGAACAUGCUAAUGCCGACUAUUUUUCAAGACUACAACAUACAAAUAAAAAUGAAAAGAAUGAUACACUUACAGAUGACGAAGCUUUCUACUUAAAUCAGAUUUCAGAAAUACCAGUUUCAUUACAAGAGAUAAGUGUAGCUACAGCUACCGACCCGGAACUACAGAACUUAUAUAUUGAUAUAAAAUCAGGACGAGAAGAUAAAACUAGACUACAUGAAUAUUCAUUGCAGAAUAAUUGUAUAUUUUAUGGCAUACGAAUCGUCAUACCUAAGAAACUACAACCUAAAAUAUUAGAAGAAUUACAUACAGCGCACAUGGGUAUAGUUAAGAUGAAGGCUUUAGCAAGAAGCUAUGUGUGGUGGAAGAACAUUGACAUAGAUAUUGAAAAUAUGGUGAAACAAUGCAAGAGAUGCUGUUUGAUGCGUAAAAACCCGACUAAGGUACCUGUACACAGCUGGGAAUACCCUAAGGAACCGUGGAGUCGUAUUCAUAUUGAUUAUGCCGGACCAUUCAUGAACCAAUAUUUUCUUAUGGUGGUAGAUGCCUAUACUAAAUGGUUAGAAGUUAUACCCACUAAUUCUAUGUCAGCUGCAACAACUAUAAAUAUUCUAAAGAAGUUAUACACUACAUUUGGUUUACCAAUAACGCAAGUCUCGGAUAAUGGAAGACAAUUUAGAUCAGAAGAAAUGCAAAAAUUCUUAAAAGAAAAUGGAAUUCAAGCUAAAUUUACAGCACCAUUUCAUCCUUCUACCAAUGGUCAAGUAGAAAGAUAUGUUCAAACUGUUAAAAAUAAACUUAAAGCAAUGAUAAAUGAAGAGGGAUCUAUACAAGAUAAAUUACAAAGAUUUUUAAUGAUGUAUAGAAAAACACCUAACAGUACUACAGGAUUAAGCCCAGGUGAAAUGAUGUUUAAAAGAAUAUACAGAACAAGAAUUGACUUAGUUAAAAGACCACAGGAAUUAAGAAACAACAGUAAGGAAGAGAUAAUAGUAACCAAGGAAUUUCAAAGAGGAGAGAAAGUUCAAAUUCGAAUGUAUGAUAGUAAUAAAUGGAAAUUUGGUAACAUAGUAAAUAGAAAAGGAAAAUUACAUUAUGAAGUGGAAGUAGAUGGAAGAAUACACCAAAGACAUGUAGAUCAAAUCAUAAAGACAUCAUGCUUAGAUAAUAACUUUAGAAUACCAGAUACUUACCUGAUUAAACCAAGAGAAUCAAAUUUAUAUACACCAAAAUUACCUGAAAAAGACCUAUUACCUGGAAAGAACAUACUACCUGGAAAAGACUUACUCCCUGGAAAAGACUUACUCCCUGGAAAAGACUUACUACCUGAAAAAGACCUUACAACUACACAUGCUAACACUACAAGAAGGGAAUCUAUACCUUAUACUGAAACCUUGGAAGUGGACAAGCCAGAGACACAUCAAGCAACGCCAGAUAUACCUCCUACUACAUACACAGGCUGA